AACAGCCGAAAGUUCCACUAAGGUUUCAUUCAUCCAAUCAACAAUGUCGCAACUCUGCGAUACUCGAAUCAAUCUCAAUGGCCAAUGCACAUUUUUCCUCAAUCAGGAAUUGAUCUCCAAAUACUCAGGAAGCUUGGGAAAGAUGAUAAACCAUUGCAAGAAGAUCAAGAACAAGAACAUCCUAGAAACCCUCGAGAUCCAAGAUUUUCCAGGAGGCUCGGAUGGGUUCGAACUGGUUUCAAGAUUCUGCUACAGCAACGGAAGAAUCUCGAUCGAUGUCCAGAACGUGCCGAUGCUGUACUGCUGCUCUGUUUUUCUCGGGAUGACGGAGAAGUUCUCGCCUUUGAAUCUGUUGCUACAGACAGAGAAGUUUCUGGAAGGAAUGUUCUACUGGUCGUGGAACGAAGUUCUCGUCUGCCUCAAGAGCUGCGAAAAAGUUUUCACUUACGCAGAUUCGUACGGCUUAGUUCAGAAGCUGAUUUGCGUAUUGUGGGCGAAAAUCGCUGAAAAUUCGGCCUUUGCCUCAAAAUCCUCGUCUUCUUCUCCUGAGACGGCCAGGAACAUGCACGAAUCAGUCAAACAGUCUUCUUCCCGUUCCGUUUCUUGUAGGACAAGCAAGGAAUGGUGGUUUGACGAUAUGGCGAUUCUCGCACCGCAGAUUAUCGGGAAGCUAAUUACGAAACUUUGUUCUUACAAGACAAGCAACAAAAGCUUAGUCCUCACGAGAUUUCUCCUUCAAUACCUCAAAACAAGGCUCCAAGUCAAAUCCAACAGCGUCGAGCUUAUGAAGAACAAGCUUGAAUAUGCAUAUCUUUCGGAUAUUGCAGUUCAAGGUGUGAUUUUGACCGGUAAAUCCGCGUUUUCUUGCAGAAAACUCUUCUGGGUUCUUCGGGUUUUGUCCGGAUUCAGCCUCACCAUGGAAUCGAGGAUCGGGUUAGAAACCCUGAUCGGAGAAAUGCUUGAUCAAGCAACGUUAGAUGAUCUUCUGAUACGUGGAAACAGCGGAGGAAAGGGCUUGUCCUACGAUGUUGAUCUUGUGAUCAGAUUACUGAAAGUGUUCGUCAACAAUACUGAUCAAGAAUCAUCACAAAGUAUGACAAGAAUGGGGGAAUUAAACGACAAGUACUUGAGAGAGAUAUCGCCAGAUCAGAAUCUGAAGGUUUCCAUGUUUCUUGGAGUUGCCGAGAGUUUGCCAGAUUCAGCAAGAGAUUGCUUUGAUGGAGUUUACAGAGCCAUUGAUAUCUACCUAGAGUGUCAUCCCAAUCUGUCAUUGGAAGAUCGGACAGAGUUGUGUAGAUGUCUUAACUUCAAGAAACUAACGUUAGAGACUUGCAAACAGCUCUCCAGAAAUCCAAAGAUACCUCCCAUUAUCACAGUUCAUGCCCUCAAAUCUCAGCGGUUGAAGCCGUUGGUUACUACAAACAAAUAUGAUGUCUAGAAAAAUUUGAUUAUCGUG